AUGUCCGGACCUCCCAAACCACGGAUCGCAAUCUCCCUUGGAUCCUCCAGGCCCGCGUCGUCCUCCAAACCUCGUGCGCACCCACCAUCCACGUUAGGCAAACGCCCCCAUCCCUCAUCUUUCGGCCACGACUCCGACUCAGAAGACGAUGCACCGCCCCAACAAGAAGCCAUCACAGGCUUCGGCGUGAACGGCGCUGAAUCGAGACACGAGAAGAAUAAACAAGAGAAGAAGGAGGAGUACGUCAUUCCGCGCUUGGAGAACACGUGGAAAGGCGGCAAACGACAACGCAGCGGGCUGCCGGGCCAGGACAACGGGCACGACGUGAAAGUCAAAGCGGAACGGGAAGAGGAGCCGCCUAUCAAAUGGGGCUUGACGGUGAAAGAGAAGAAAGAUCCGGAGUUACAAAAUGAGCAGGACGAGGAAACAAAGGAGGAGCAAGAUGCGCCGCCGAUCAAGAAGGAAGAGGAGGCACCUCUGACCGACGACCAACGGGCCCUCAACGCCUUGACAGGCGUCAAAGAAGAGCACGACGACCUCGUGAUACCCACAGAGACAGACGCGUAUAGGAAAGCACUGGACACCGUUGGCGACAACAUGACACAAGAGGACUACGAUGCAUUACCCGAGGACUUUGACGCGGGCCGCGCAAUGCUGCUCGGCAUGGGAUGGGACGGCAAGGAGCGCGGCGGUGGGAAGAAGGAGGUCAAGCGCAGACCGAAGCUCAUGGGUCUCGGCGCAAAGAAGCUAGAUGGAAAGGAAGAUCUGGAAGCAUGGGAUCAGAAGGCUGGGAGUAGGGAUAACCGGCCCCCGCGACUCAAGGAUCACCGCAGAGAGGAAGAGUUGAGGAAAGAGGCGAGGCGAGGGAGGGACAGCUACAAGAGUGAAAGAGACCGGGAAAAGGAGAGCAAUGGCGGACGCUACAGGGAGGCUCGGAAAGAUCGCGAGAGAGACUCGGACCGGAGACACCGCGACAGACAUCAUGAUGACCGACGGCAUCGCUCCCGAUACUAA